CAGAGCAAGCAGUCAAAUUACUACGUUCUACUUAUAAAGAAAAACAUUAUUUAUCUAUGAAUUCAGUAAUUUGACAAUCAUGGCGAGCACGUCGAGAAGUGAAGCAAAUAAGGUGGUUUGCUAUGCUCACCCUGAUGCACCGCUUAUUGAAGAUUACAGGGCAGGUGACAUGAUAUGUUCGGAAUGCGGUCUCGUUGUUGGAGAUAGAGUUAUAGAUGUCGGAUCAGAGUGGCGUACGUUUAGCAAUGAGAAGUCUGGUGUUGACCCAUCUCGUGUCGGUGGUCCAGAGAACCCCCUGCUAUCUGGAGGGGAUCUUUCCACAAUCAUCGGACCAGGCCGGGGUGAUGCGUCCUUCGACAGUUUUGGUGUAUCCAAGUAUCAGAACAGAAGAAAUAUCAGCAGUACAGACAGAGCACUCAUAAAUGCAUUCCGAGAAAUAAACACAAUGGCAGACCGAAUUAAUUUGCCAAAGACCAUUGUUGAUAGAGCUAAUAACUUAUUCAAACAGGUACACGAUGGAAAAAAUUUAAAGGGCCGAGCCAACGACGCCAUUGCGUCUGCCUGUCUUUAUAUUGCCUGUCGCCAAGAAGGUGUACCGCGCACCUUCAAAGAAAUCUGUGCUGUGAGCAAAAUAAGCAAAAAAGAAAUUGGCCGGUGUUUCAAGCUUAUCCUCAAGGCUUUGGAGACUUCUGUGGACCUCAUCACGACUGCAGAUUUCAUGUCUCGUUUCUGCUCGAAUCUCGGCCUUCCGAACUCAGUACAAAGGGCAGCGACACAUAUAGCAAGGAAAGCUGGGGAACUGGAUAUAGUGUCAGGCCGCAGUCCUAUAUCGGUCGCCGCUGCCGCUAUUUAUAUGGCGUCACAAGCAUCAGAUGAUAAGCGCAGUCAAAAAGAGAUAGGCGACAUCGCCGGUGUUGCAGAUGUAACCAUUCGGCAGUCGUACAAGCUGAUGUAUCCGUUUGCGGCGAAACUCUUCCCCGAAGACUUCAAGUUUGCGAUACCCAUCGAGGCCCUGCCACAAAUGUAAAUUAUAUCUCCAGUUGGGCACACAACUCGAAAUACAAUUGAUCGGUAGGUGUCUAAUAUGUAUUAUCACUUAGUUGCUAGAAAAACGUUAUGAACAACUCCUCUAGACAAAGUAUAGAUGAAUCUAUUGAAUUGAAUGAGAGAAUGGUGUGUGCUGUCUCAUUCUUUCUCAUAUAAGCGCUGACAGAUACGAUUCUACCAAUAGAUUGGUUUGUAUCUUGUCUAGAGGAGACUUUAAGAUAAGUGGCAAACAAAUCUAUUUGUAGAUACUUAUAUCUCAAUAAAACAUGUAUGUGACAGAGCGAGACAGUGAUGUCCUGUGUCUUGUUCUUUCUUAUGGUAUGAUAAUGGACACAUGUAAGAAAUAAAUUCAUUUGCUGCUCGUUUAAAUUGUAUGGGACCUACUACGAAAUGACAAAUUUAAAACUUCAUCUCAAAGGAUGGACAUUUUCUACUAAGAACUUCAUUGGUAUCAGAUGAAUGGUACAGACUUCGGAUGGGCUGAUUUGUAUUUUGGAAGUUUAAUAUAUCUUAAGCUACUAUGGUUUACAUAGUAUACUUUGGAUUGGCUCGAUAAUAAUUUGAAGUACACAAACAGACAAAGUUGGAUUGAAUAUUAUUUGUACCCAAAUAUUCGCUUUACGUAAUUUCAGAGUAGGCCCAUAUGUUUUUUUUUUGGGCUCUAUAUGCCCAUUUUAUUUAUAAGUAUGAUAGGACCAUUAUAGUAUGGAUCUUUAUAUUUGACACUACAGUUGAGUCUUGAUAUAAUACUAUGUUACAGACUGUUUUUUCUUAUUUGGUGUUUAGAGUAAAUAAAAAAAUAUUGGCUUGAUUUUUAUUGAAAUUUAUAUAAUGUGAAAAAAAAAAAGAGCUAAUAAAACUAUGACAUAAAUGAUUAAUUUGAUGAAAAGAUAUCCUAAGAUUGUUUAUAUAUAUAAAUUAACAUUCUAUUAAGGAAACUACCAGUGUAAAACUUACUAUUUUUCCCAAAGGAUAAACUACAAAAAAUCUUAUGUCUCCCAUAUUAACACAUCACGUUAAAGUGUUAGUUAUAGGAGGCAAAUAAUAUUUUGUCAUCUUUGAAUUAUUGAUUUAACAAAUUUUUAUAUACUAUAACGUGGGUAGAUUCUUACUCCUUUAUUCAUAAAAACCUAAAAUUUUCUUACAAAUCUAUUUCAACUAUUGCAAUGUUUUGUCACUGACUUUUGAAUUGAGAGAUUAGUGCAUAAAAAAAGGACAAAACAGUAGCUAGCUCAGUUUAUGAGAGAUUUGACGUUUUUGUGAAUAAACUGGCUAACAAUUUCAAUGUACGCCAAAUAAAGAAAAAACAGAGUUUUAUAUUGAUAAUUUCUUUUAAAUAUGUUUAAAGAAAAUUGUAUAUAAUAAAAAUCUCUUAUUCACCUAUAUAUGUACAUGUUAAGAUAAAAUACCCACAUAUUUUUAGACUUAAGUAUAUUAUUUAGUAUUUUGUAUGUAAGAUUCUAAAUAGUGUGAUACAUCAUAAUUACGAGACAAAAAAGCCUUCAUGUAUUCCAUUUUUUAAUUAAUGAGGUAAUAGUAACCUUCUAAUGUAUAAUGAUGCAUUUGUUGAUCAUAAUACUUAUUAUCGUGUUUCAACUGUAAAGCAGUUGUGUUUGCAUGGCUGUGUUUCGGUUUGAAGGGUGGGAUGUGGUGUGAAUUUACAGGGUACAGAGGAAUAACACCUGAGUCCUCAGGAAUGGCAACGCAUGGGGGGGGGGGUAUCAUGGGCGAAACAGUAUACUCUGUUAUGUCCAUGGUACUGCUCAUGUCCAUAGGCCACAGUUACCACUUUCCAUUAGGUGGACCGUCAGCUUGUUUGCCAUUCUAAGUUGUAUAAAAAAAUAUUACAUUCAAUAACACAGUUAACAUUAGUACUAAAAAGAAAUACAUACAUAAAAAUAUAUAUAAAGAAAGAUAUAUAAAAAAAAAAAUUCAAAAUUGAAAACCUUUUUGAAAGAAAUGCAGUUUAUAUUGUAUCAAUGGAAGUUACAUAUCGGGGGCGUUAUGUAAAUAACGCGUGAAAUAUAGACAAAAAAAUGUGACAAAUGUGUGACAAAUAAAUAAGAUUUUACCACAAGAAGACUGUAUAAGGAUGCUAAUUUUCUGCUGCCAAGCAGCUGUUUUGCUAUGGAACACAGAUUUGGUCUCUUCAAAUAUAUCAUUCGAGUACUGUAUAGGUAUAUAUAGGUUUGAGAUUAAUUUUGGUAACACAAAAAAUAUUUAAUUGCAUACUGUUUAUGUAAAUUUAUUUGCAUCUAAGUUACAAGUUGUUUACGUAAAGUAACUGCUAACUCUGUAUUAUUUUGUAUUAUAUUGUUCUCUUUAAAGAAAUUAUCAAAAUACAUUUUUAAUGAUAUUAUUUCAAAAUUGUGAAAUUUCACAUGAAGCAAACCAAGUGACAGGCUGACUUUAAAAGACUUCAAAAAGAAUUAAGUUGUAUUUUGUUUGUUACCUCAUAACACCGUCAGUUCUAAACGGAUUUGGAUUUUUUUAUCUGAAAGGAUAGACUUACAGAUUGGUCCCAUAGAAAUUUUAUCAAACUCGAUUUAGUAGUUUAAAUGUUAGACCAACAUAACUGAUUUCGUCACAAUUGCAGUAGGUUUUGUUUGUGGAACACAAUCUUUAAUUUUUUAAAAGUACUGUAGUCGUAAAUAGAUACAAACAAUAUAUCGUCAUGGUCGUAGAAUACUGACGGAUCUGACGAAUAUAUAUAAAGAUCCGUCAGUAUUCUACGACUAUGACGAUAUUAUGGAAAAAAAAAUAUUGUGCCUAACAAUUAUGUAAAAAUACAUAACUUUUUUCUUUAUCACGCGAUAUGUUGUUAUUUGUAUUAUGGUGUAUUAUUACCGGUUGUAUAAUAAUUAAGUUUAAUUAGUUUUAAGUAAGAGGAAUGCCACAAAAUAAAUAUAGUAUAAACCUAUAAUGUCUUUUAAUUUGUGUUCUCUUUUCGGAAUUUGAAAAAUGACUUAUUUUACAAUUUUGGAUAGGCAAAGAAACUGAUGGUCCAUCUGAUGAUUAGUCCUAUGGGUACCAUUGAAUGCUGUGACGUUUAUGCAUCGAUAUCAACACAUUCGGGCAUUCUUGUUCUUGAGGGGUAAUAAAGAAUAUUCUUGAGGAUUAAGGUGUUAGUUUGGCUUACCCUGUAAUUUUACUAACAUAUUGUACUUUUUUUAUGGGUGAUAAUGGAAUGGUAACACCGUCGGGGCAUCAGUGAAGGAUGAUAGGUGAGGAUGAAGCAAGUCAGUUAGCCCAUCGUGAUGAAUUCAACAAGAAUUGUUCACGAUGGUUUCCAGGGAGAACCACGUGGAGGUCGACCCAAUAGGGUAUAUUGCUAGCAAUGGGGCUGUCAAGUUCCAUUGCUAACAAUUCCUUUCUCCCUCAAAAUAUUGUAAUUUUCAGGGAGGGAUUACAUUGCAUUGCAGGCACUCCGUGUAUGCAGGUGGCUCAGGACUGCUUUAAUCUAUUGGGGAGGCCUAUCUUCAGCAGUGGCCAGAUAACGGCUAUGGUGAUGGUGAUGAUGAUGACCUACAUUUAAAAUCGUAACAUAUGCAAGGACAGCUGGCUGUUAUUUGGUUCAGUAGGUUUGAGCUCGUAAUUAAAUUUUUUCACUAUUAAACUUUUUUUUUUAUUUUAUAUUAUUUAAUUACAUAUGUGACGAAAUAUAAAUAAUCAGUAUGUUUCUAAAAAUAAAACCGAACAUUGCUCCCAAAUAAAAAAGGGUCGAAAUAGUACAGAUCUGAGCUUUCCACAAAAACUUGAGAGCUGGGUAGGUUGUUAGUAUGGGCUAGUAGGGGGGAAAGGGAUUGUUAGUAAUGGAGACUAAGAAUCCCAUUGUUAGCAAUAUAUCCAACCAGGUCGAUCUCCUCGCGGUUCCCCCUGGAAACUAUCAUGAUUAAUUCCAGAUGAUGAUUCAUCAUGAUGGGCUAACUGGCCUGUUUUCAUCCUCAUCGAUCACCCUUCACUGGUGCUUCCAGCGUAUCCCAUUAGCGCAGGCGGGGUUACCACUCAUUCAAUAAAAAAAAAAAAAAAGUAUGGGCUAGUAUAGUAUUAUAUUAUUUGUGGUAUGAGAGACUCAAAAUGCCCAUUUCGUGAACUAUAUCUCCUUAGGAAAAAUAUACAGUUUCAUAGGUAGAACAUAACUACCAUAAAAUGAGUCGAAUGUUUUCGAUUUCACCUCGUACAUUCGAAUUUGGACAAGUCAGUAGUUUUAAUACUUUCACCGAAGGAAAACAAACGUUGCACAUUUGGAUUAAGUCCUACGCUAUUCACGCAUACCAUUAACUGAUUGGGCGACCCGAUUCGGGCGCCCUCAGGACAUCGCGACACGUGAUCAAACUGUCCAAGCAGCCCUUUUGCUGUCAUUAAAGCUGGUAAGACACUAGUCCUAUUCAAUAAAAAAAAAAAAAACGAUAGAACUAAUUCUUUUCAACAAACUUAAAAAAGAAAGAGCUUCUCAAUUCGACUGUAUUUUUUUUAUGUUAGUUAUUUCAUAACUCUGUCAGUUCUAAACCGAUUUAGAUAUUUUUUUAUUUAGAAGGAUAUACUUACAGAUGGUUCUCAUAGAAAUUUUAUCAAAAUCGGUUCAGUAAUUUAGUAUUUAGACCAAAAUAGAUAGAUAGAUAGAUACUCUUUAUUGUUUCCAUUUAGUUUUGUAGUAAUCUAAAUUUUAAACAAAUAUUUAAGUCUAAAUUUUAGACAAUAAUUAAAGAUUUAGACUCUAAAUCCUAUUAGGAUAAUAAAUAUUAUUUUUCACUAUUAAAGUUAGUGUUUUUCUUUUGUCUGAUGUAAGUUUUAUUGUGAUACGUCAACUAGAAAUGGAACAUAUUUUCAUUACUUUUGAAAUCCACGCGUACGAAGUAGCCGGCAAAAAGUUAUAGUUUUGUUUAUUAUUAAAGCUUAUUGAAGAUUGUGUCCGACUUUAUUUGUGAUAAAAUCAAUUAUUACAUGUAUUAAAUCUCCAUAUUUACUAAUAAUAGGAUCUUCAUCGUGCCUCCAAUUAAACAGUUUAUAAUUAUUCCUUUUCAUCCAAAGGUUGCCUGGAAGAGAUCGCUUUUAGCGAUAAGGUCGCCCAUUGUUUUCUCAUUGUGAUUAUUUCUUGUUAUUGUUUAUAUUUAUAAUAGGUUUACUGUUGUAAUCUUUUGGAGGAAACAAUAAAGAGUAUCUAUCUAUCUAUUUUGGUCUAAAAAUUAAACUACUAAAUCGAUUUUGAUAAAAUUUCUAUGGUACUAAUCUGUAAGUAUAUCCUUUCAGGUAAAUAAGGUAUUUUCCAAAUCGGUUUAGAACUGACGUAGUUAUGAGGUAAUAAACAUAAAAAAAAAAAAUACAACCGAAACCGAACCUUCUUCUUUUUGAAGUAGUUGAAAAUCUAUUAAUUUUCAGCCUGAGUUGCGUGUGUGCGCUUCCUUAAGAGCCCUUUACACAUACUAAUGUGACGGGUGUGAUGACACCGAUUUAUGAAGUUCUUCGCGGCGUCCCUUUGUGAGCAGGUAGGAAAUAUUUAACACAUGAAUAUGGAACACAGAAUAUAGAUGUCAAUGGACAUAAAAACGUGUCGAUAUAUGUUUAUGUUAUAAACAUAGUAAUAUGAACUGACAGACUGGCAAAGUAAUAACAAAAACGAGAUAAAAAUGAUUAUAUUAGUGUGCGUGUUUUGUAAACGUACAUGUGACAGAUUUGAAUUUGUAUGAAAUUGAAGUUGCAAAAAUAGCAAAUUUUUUCACGUAUUUGUUAUAAUUUGAAAUUUCAAUUCGAGGAAAUGGAAAUAAAAUAGAUAUUUUUUUUACCAAUUUCUGUAAAAAAUAUUUCUGAUUAUUUUAGAAUUUUACGUUUAAAGGUAUUUACAGCCUAAUUGCAUGAAAGUUGUUCAAUUUUGUGGUUGACUUUCCUGUUUUAUGUUUUAUCAUUUACAGUACACUUAAUUCUAAUAAACCACAUUAAAACUAAUUCCACUUUAAAACGCAAAAAUAAUUAGAAAUUAUUUUCUUCGUAGUUCCACUAAAAGAGCUUCCAGCACAUAGGUUAUUAUAUUUUCUCUUAUUUAUAUUCAAUCUAUUUUAUAACCUAAGGUUUAUACAGUCUAUGUCCAACAUAACAAUAAAAAGUUAUCAUUUUUUUUUUAAAAUAUUACAGAAACAUUCUCUAGGUGUAGGUAAAUAUAAUUUGUACCAAAUUGUAUAACAUUCAAUCCAAUUCAAUCAGUAUUGUUUCAUUUUAUAUUAAAUCUGAUAGCAUUUGGCUACGAUCUCACCUCAUUUUAAGUGACGAUGAGUUUAGAGUGUAACACGCAAACUUAAAUAACGCCUAUUCGCUUUAGUUUUUCAAAAUACCAAGUAUUUAUUUCUAUUGGACAUCAGCAUUUUUAUAUGGUCGGUCAAUUAUCGUUUGUUUACAUAUUCAUUAAAUUCAAUUGAAAGUAGUAAAUUUUCGUGUAUCUUACAUUUUCUAUUGUUUAUUUCAAAAGUGAUUUAAUAAUAAAUGGAAUAUAAAAAAAAAA